AUGCUGACCCCCGCGUUCGACCUUAGCCAGGACCCCGACUUCCUGACCAUCGCCAUCCGCGUGCCCUACUCCCGGGUCGCCGAGUUCGACGUCUACUUCGAGGGGGUCGAUUUCAAGUUCUACGCCAAGCCAUACUUUCUCAGAUUAACUCUUCCUGGAAGAAUUGUAGAAAAUGGAAAUGAACAAGGGUCCUAUGAUGCAGAUAAAGGAAUUUUUACCAUUCGAUUGCCCAAAGAAACUCCUGGCCAGCAUUUUGAAGGGCUGAACAUGAUAACUGCUCUUCUGGCACCAAGAAAAUCCAGGACAGCAAAACCACUUGUGGAAGAAAUAGGCACUUCUGAGGUUUCUGAGGAGGUAGUAGAAGAUGACGAUGAAGAGUUUGAUUGGGAAAUUGAACAGAUCCCCUAUGAAGAGUCAUCAGAAAGUGCUUUGAAUCCACAGUGCCACUAUGGAUUUGGAAACUUACGAUCAGGAGUAGUUCAGCGGUUACAGGAUGAAUUGAGUGAUGUUAUUGAUAUUAAGGAUCCAGAUUUCACUCCUGCAGCUGAACGAAGGCAGAAACGCCUGGCUGCUGAGCUGGCCAAAUUUGAUCCUGAUCAUUAUCUAGCUGACUUUUUUGAAGAUGAGGCAGUUGAACAGGUUUUGAAGUAUAAUCCUUGGUGGAUGGAUACAUAUUCAAAAAUGAUAGCUUCUUUAGGAAAGAGUGAGGAGCAAGAAGAUCAUGCUGCAUUAGUGUCUUUUUCUGAGGAAGAGAAAUACCAGCUACGAAAAUUUGUCAGUAAAUCUUAUCUUCUGGACAAGAGAGCCCAUCGUCAAGUGUACUACAGUUUGAUUGAUAUCCUUCUGGCAUACUGCUAUGAAACUCGUGUCUCUGAAGGAGAGAAGAAUGUUGAAUCUGCAUGGAAUAUUAGAAAACUGAGUCCAACACUGUGCUGGUUUGAGACUUGGACUAAUGUUCAUGAAAUCCUGGUGUCUUUUGGAAGAAGAGUUUUGUGCUACCCACUUUACCGCCAUUUCAAGCUGGUGAUGAAGGCUUACAGAGACACUAUAAAGAUAUUGCAACUAGGUAAAAGUGCAGUUUUAAAGUGUCUCCUGGAUAUUCACAAAAUUUUUCAGGAAGAUGACCCAGCCUACAUCCUAAACGAUCUCUACAUCUCAGACUACUGUGUGUGGAUUCAGAAAGCCAAGUCCAAAAAGUUGGCAGCUCUUGCAGAAACCUUAAAGGAGGUCUCCCUUACAAAAGCCCAGCUGGGACUAGAACUGGAAGAACUGGAAGAAGCGGCACUUCUUGUCCAGGAGGAGGAAACUGCGUCACAAGCAGCCCCUUCCCUUUCCCGGCAGCAGACAGUUUGCUCCGGUUCCGAGGCGAGUGAUUCGGAGGAAUCGGACAGCACCGCAUCAUCUGGAACCGGGGAUUCCGAUUCCGAACAAGAGGAGCUCUUAGACUUUCAGCCUGAGACAGACGGUUCUUUGCGAGGUCCCUUUCUCGAAGAAAGCACUGCCCCGCUUAUUGACGGAGGUUGGGCGUGCAGAAGCUGGGCCUUGCAGGGGUGCAGUGGUGAACGGGGAGGGCCGCCCGCCUCCUCCCGGGCUCCUGGAGCGCCAGGGCCUCUGAUAGAGGAGCUAGGGGAGCGGCUGCAGAGCUCACUGCAGGUCUCCGAGCGCAAGGGCGCCGCGGCUGCAGACCACAGCCAUGUGCAGGAGGGAGGCAGCCAGCAGACACCGAGUAGUUAACUCCGUUUUAUUCUUUGUCGAGAAUUAGGUCACAUUUGGCUUCAUUCACUGAGUUAGAAUUCCUCAUUUUCACUUUGUACUUUUUCUUGGUAUAUACAACAUUGUUUUUCAGUGAGCCUAUAUUUACACCAUUUGGUUUCCUUGGUACAACUUUAUUUUUAAAGUUCUAAAGUAUUUUUUACCAAAGUGUAGCUAAUAUUUAAAGAUGAACACAAUAGUUCUACUGCCAGAGUCUCUAGAACGUAGAGCCCAUUAAUAUUUUUAUUUUAGUUUUACUGACGAAUCCUUGACAAACAAUAAGCUGCACACAUUUGAGUGUACAGCGUAGUGAGUGUUGGCACAUGCAUACACCAAGUAGACCAUCACCACAGUCAAGGUGAGGAACUUACCUGUCACCCUAUGUGUCCUCGUGCCCUUUUGUGACCCUCCCCAUCCCUGCAUGCCACCUACCCCCAUCCCCCAGGCAGCCACUCAUCUGCUUUCUGUCAUACGUUAAUUUGCAUUUCCUAGAAUUUUAGAGAAAUUGAAUCAUGCAAUAUGUAUGCCUUUUUUUGUCAGGCUUAAUUCACUUGGUAUAAUUAUUUUGAGACUCACCUGCAUGGUAACCUGUGUCAGAGUUGUGAUUUGUCCAUUCUCCUAUUGAUGGACAUUUGGGUUGUUUCCAGUUUUUGGCAGUUACAGAUAAAGCUGUUAUGAACAUUUGUGUACAAUUCUUUGUGUGGACAUAUGCUUUCAGUUCUCUUAGGUAAAUAGCUGGGAGUGGAACGACUGAGC